UGGUGCUGACAGACAUAACUGCCGGUCUGAGGUCCUGGCUGUGGAUGAAUGUUCUCGAACUGCUCACAUCUCACGUGUGGUGCAGACCUCCAAACAGGCUGCCAGAGUUGCAGGAGAACCAGAAGAAAACCUACAUUCGCAAGAAGGACAGAGUCAUAUUGCAAAGCAGAGGAACAGCACCUCAGAAUGCAAAGAUUCAGGAAAUGUCACCUGGUACGAAUUCCUCUCGAAUGAAAAUGAGGAGGAGGAAGACCGCGGAGAAAAAGUGGAGAAAGGCACCAAAGUUAAGAGGAAGCUCAGCUCUCUCAGGAGCAGAGUAACUGGUUCCUUCAAUAAAGAUAAGGGUAAGAGUCGAGAGAAAGAGCAGCAGAAAGAGAGGGAGAAAGAGGUUAAAGAGCGCCAGCGCAAUAGCAUUUUCAUCAGCAGUAACGGGCAUGCCUUGGUGCCGGGUGCUUUCUCCAGCUGUGCUACCUGCUCAUUGUGCAGCAAAGGCCUGCAGAAGAAGCAUGGGCUGGAAUGCAUGAAUUGUGCUGUGAAUGUCCACAAGAGUUGUAAAAGCCUGCUGACCGAAUGCACCAGUAACAAGAGAGACAUAUUACCAAGGACUAGCUUAUCAGCAUCCUCUCAAUUGGCCAUUAAAGACAGAGAACGUGAGUCAUUAUCGUCCCAGGGCCCGGAUGGCCACUCGACUUAUCCCAGUGUCUCAGGCAUGACCAUUUUUCCACGGGGAGGUCACACUCAAGCAGCUGCUGCCUACAGCACCAGCUCCAGCGCAGCCUCUGCCGCUCCUAUGGCCAGCCUCCGUCACCACAGCAGCUCAGGAUCCCUACCUGGGGACAUGGAUGAAACGGAUAGUCUAAGAUCCAAACGCUGUAAUGAGGACGUUAUUUCUCUUGCUCCCUCUACAGUGGAGUCAAUUAUUGUAGAAGAUGCUCACUAUGCAGCUGUGCGGGCUGAUCUAGAGUCUGAUGCUCAGGAUCUGGAGGCAGACUCAUGGAGUUUAGCUGUUGACCAACAGUUUGUCCAAAAACACUCCAAAGACAUUGUAAAGAGACAGGAUGUCAUUUAUGAGCUGAUGCAGACAGAAAUGCACCAUGUACGGACCUUGAAAAUCAUGCUUCGAGUUUAUGUUUGCGAGCUGAAGGAGAGUCUUCAGAUGGAUUCAGGCAGAAUUGACUGUCUAUUCCCUCGUCUGGAAAACCUGCUGGAGCUGCACACACAUUUUUUGUCCCGACUCAAAGAGCGGCGACGAGAAAGCCUAGAAUCUCCCCAUGACAGAAACUUCAUCAUACACAGAGUGGCUGAUAUUCUCAUCACACAGUUCUCAGGUGAAAUAGGAGAGAAGAUGAAAGACAGUUAUGGAGAUUUUUGCAGUCACCAUUCUGAGGCUGUUGGCUACUAUAAAGAGCAGCUACAAAACAACAAAAAGUUUCACAGCACCAUUCGGAAAAUCAACAACUUGUCCAUCGUGCGGAGGUUAGGUGUGACAGAGUGUAUUUUGCUCGUGACGCAGCGCAUCACUAAAUAUCCUGUGUUAGUAGAACGGAUACUUCACCACACUGAAGCUGGUACACAAGAGUAUGAAGAUUUAACCCAUGCACUGACUCUUAUUAAACACACAAUUGUUCAAGUGGACUCUUUGGUGAACCUUCAUGAGAAAACAACCCGCCUCCGAGAUAUUUACAACAAAAUGGAGCCAAAGGCACAGGGAAAAAUCAAAGAUGGACGAGUGUUUCGGAGGGAGGACCUUGCUCAAGGCCGGAGGCGGCUAUUACAUGAAGGCACAGUCAACUGGAAGGCAGCGUCUGGAAGACUCAAAGAUAUACUUGCUGUGCUCUUGUCCGAUGUAUUGAUUUUGAUACAAGAAAAAGACCAGAGAUAUGUUUUUGCAGCUGUGGAUAGCAAGCCAUCAGUGAUCUCUCUUCAGAAGCUGAUUGUUCGGGAAGUGGCCCAUGAGGAAAAAGCCAUGUUUCUCAUCUGUGCUUCAUCCAGUGAACCAGAAAUGUAUGAGAUCCACACCUUCUCAAAGGAGGAGCGCAACACAUGGAUGACACAUAUCCGGCAAGCUGUGGAAAGCUGUCCCCAAACAGAAGAGAGAUUAUUUAGUGAGGAGGAGGAAGCACAAGCAUCAAGACUGAAAGAAUUCCAAGAGCGUCUGAGCCAGAAGGAUGCAGUGAUCAUGCAGGCUCUCAGUGAGAAGUUGCAGCUGUUCGCCGAAAAAGCAGAGUCUGUACCUGGAGUGGAAGACACUGCCUCACGCUCUCGACUGCUGCUCCGUGGUGAUGGCACAGACCUCCAGCAGGGGGAGACACUUCUCAAAGGAGCUAUCACUGAAGUGGAGAACCUGCAGAAUCUUUUACUGUCUGGAGUAAAAGAAGAAUCAGACAGACUGGAGGAGAUCUCUGGGGCUCUGCCCAAGAGAGCAGGCACUUUUGGGGGUUUUGACAGUACCUCAGCCAUCCUCCAUAACAACCACACUGUUAAGACUGGUGAAAGUAAAAACAGAGAUAGGAGUCAUAGAGCCAUCUCUGACCCACAGCUCAAAGACCUGUGUGGCAGCAACACACUAGAAGAAACGGUUGAUGAGAGUUGUUGCUCAACUCCAAGGUGGAAUCGGAUCUGGAGUGACUCUUUCCCUGAGGCUGAGUUCUUCGAUCGAGUGCUCAUGCUCUCUCAGAGGCUUUACAGUCUGCAGGCUAUCAUUUCCCAGCAGGACAGUCAAAUCGAGUUACAUCGAGCAUCAUUGACUGAGCGUGCCUCCUUCAUGAGUCGCUACCGUGGUAACUGUCUUCAAGAGCAAGAGAAACAGAGAACAUUAGCUCUCCAAAGAGAAGAACUGGCCAAUUUUCACAAACUACAAGCUCAGCAUAGACAAGAACAACAGCGCUGGGAAAAGGAGAGAGAGAAGCAGCAGCACCAGGUGGAGGCCACAGAGGCCAAGCUGCGGCAGAGGGAGGAAGACUGCAAACGGCUGGAGGAACGACUUGCAGAAGAACGGGAAGAGCUGGAGAGGCAGCGAGAGAAGUAUCAGGAGGAUCUGGAGAGACUGAGAGAGUCAACUCGAGCCGUGGAGAAAGAGAAGGAGCGCUUGGAGCACCAGAAGAAGAACAAGAGGAAGACCAUAGAGGUCAUGACCUCUGUUGUUCCUCUCUCAGGCAGUUUGAACGGUGUACCCAGCUCCACAGGUCUGUCGGAGCUCAAGGGCCUGAGGAGCAGUGUGUCUGUGGCUCCAGCCGAUUACCCCGAGCGCCCUGAGGUGACACAGCGGAGGGAAGUGAGCAGCUCCACCCUGAAGACUGAGGUCCCUCUGCACCUGCUCAGCACCACCAACCAGCACAAGUCUGUCAGCGUGUCCCAGCAGAUACCCACCAAGCUAGCUGCGCUCAGCAGCAUCAAGGGCAGCAAGCCAGGCAAGAGCGCAAAGGCCUCCCAUAGGUCUGACAGCUCAGUGUCAAUGGAUAUGAAGCAGAUGUUGCCUCUAAAGCUGUCUGCUCGAGAAGACAACUCCCUGAAGGCCAAACGCUCCAUCAGCCCCCACCAGUCCCUCACUGUGUCCACCUCCCCUCUGCCUCACACUGAUCCACUGAGCCCACCGGACAGUACAGGACCUGAGAGCCACUGCUCUUCCUCCCUCCUCAUCUCUCCUCCUGUGAAUACCCAUAAAGCCCCUGUGCAAUCCCGGAGCUCUAGCUCCUUCCUUUACCAGCCCCAGCAGCCCACCCUCGGUCUCCAGUCCCCUGCCCAGCCCAGUGCGCCCCCUCCGUACCAGGGCACCACAGAGGACCUGAAAGAAGACGUCAUCUUUUUCUGAAGCACAAUCAACACAUUCCUGCAUCCACCACAAGUCUUAUUCUGACAUGGGUAAAAAUAUCUGAAUGAAGUAGCAGCCGUUUUUAGCUUUUGCCCAUUGUUGCUUAUGUCAGUGAUGCACAGAUGAUGCAUUGAUGCAGAUUUGGAGCUCACCAGGGUUUGUUGUAAUAACUGAGGCCAAUUAUAAUGAAGGAUUUUUGUAUUUCAAGAUGUGUUGCAAGAGCUGAAGACAAAGUGAACACAAAUUACUCCAGUGCUGGUUUGGAUCUCUUUAAAGUCUGAGUAAUCCAGGUUCAUUCUCACUCCAACUGUUUUUAUUUGCACUGUGAAAACACUGUAUUCCCCAUUAAUCCGGGAUGCUUUAGUAGCGAAGGCUGUGUUUGUCUUUUGUUGUACAGUUGCACAAAUAUAUGAAGGCUUAUAUAUCAUUAUGUUCUUAAUUGUGACUCCACCCCAUAAAGCUAAAGAUGUUCUCUUAUGAAAUACACUGACUUUAGCAAAACAUUCUGUUUUGAUUCUGUCCCAGGCUCUUCCAUAGGGAUUCCAAAUCACUUUUUACUCCAGUUAAGAUUGGCUUUGGAGUUAAACCAUAUGGCAACUGAAGGAUAUAAUGAGUUUCCACUGCUAAUUUGGACUUCAAAAAAAAUAAAAAAAAUUACACUGGCUGUGUUUACAUGCACACCAAAAAUCUGAUCAUUGUCUUAUAUCUUAUCUGAUCUUUGAUACACUUAUAUACAGUUACAACAGAUUGGAGUAGUCUGAUUUCUGUCUGAUUGUUCAUGAUUGUUCACGUCUGCGUAGGUUUUGGUUUUGAGAAUGUUUAAGACUGAAAGAGUUAUUUUAAACUUCAUUGUAAUUAAUUUAUUUACUGCCAUCACUCACCAGGUGUUUUUGAUGAUCAAUUUUCUCUUGUGCAUGAAAACACACACCAAAAGUCAGCUGUAAUUAUUAUUGGUUAGUUGGGUUAUUCUAUUUAUGUUUUUUACUUUCCACGUAAAGGUACCAAUUGUUAGUAUGUUUUUAGUUUUGUUUCCCAUGAGAUGUGUAGAUCAGCUGGAUCUUAAGCAGCUUUGUGUACAAAUUUGUAUAGAUUGUACAUAGCUUUUGUAUUUUUGUCUUUCUGUCUUAUGUCUCCUGUUUUGUGAAUGAGAUGCAAACAUCAGCCAAAAUUGUAGUACUUGUUAAUAUAUACUUGAUUACACAUGUGGCUGUGUAUGUAUGAUAAACCACAAUCACUUAGUGCUGUUAAAUGAGUAUGUUCUUUUUGAAUGUGCUUGUAGCAUUGAAGCUAAAGUGCACAACUCUGGUACUAUGACGUGUGAUGUUUUUAUUUACUCUUUCGUAUGUAUUUGGUUCAGUUAAAACCAAAGCUUUGUGUAUUUCUUGUGUAGCUUUUAUCCCAGAGAAGAUUACCUUCUUAAACUUGUAGUAAAUUGACAUUUUUAAAUGAUCAUCUGUCUGCCAUAUGCAUCAAGAAUGUAGUACCAGUAUGUAGUAUCUUUUCUGUAGCCUCUUGUUUUGCAUAGUCACAACAUUGGACACUUCUCUGCUAAGUAUGAUUUAUAACUUAUUACUGAUGUAAAAUUCACAAAAGCCAGUCUGUCACAUCACUGUUGUGUUGUUCUGACACACCAACAUUUUGGACCUGUAACUUGUAAAUAAUCAUGAACUUAUUUUAUUUCCUUGGCCAAUCCACACUAGUCACUUUGGAUAGUAGUAUACUUGAAGGCUAAAAUGAAUGUUUUUAUUUCUUGUUUUGUGUUAAUCUUUUAUUUACCAAGAGCUGUCUAAUGACUUUGUAGCACACUGCUGACUUUUUAAUGUUGAAUUUUAUUCACUGUUAGAACAACCUGUGGACACCAAUUCUUACUUUAGACAAAUUUAAAAAUAAAGUACUUGAAACAAAA